AUGGAUAGUUGGGUUCAUAAUGAGCAUGCCAUACCCCUCACAACAGCAUUCACAACAAUUGUUGUAGUAGUUGCAUUUUUGUUUGAAGAAAUGCACCAACCUACGGUGUCAAGGUCUCGACAGCCUUCUCUUUUCAGAGACCUAACUAGGAAGCACCACAUGGAACGUAUAUUAAGGGGUGGACUAGACUACUGUGUUAGUUACCUUAGGAUGGAUGUAGGGCCGUUCAUGCAUUUAUCCUCCAUUAUGCGUGAUAGGCACUUACUUGUGGAUACAAGACAUGUGUCCAUUGAGGAGCAACUAGCAAUUUUCCUACACAUAGUUGGGCACAAUACGAAGAAUACAACAAUGCGAAUAGAGUUUCUCCGGUCAGGGGAAACAAUUAGCAUAUAUUUUAAUAAUGUUCUAAAUGCGGUAUGUGCACUAUGUGAUGACUUUGUACAACCUCCUAGUGGGAUCUAUCACCCCGAGAUUGAAGCUAACCAAAAUUGGUAUCCUCACUUCAAAGACUGUGUUGGGUUGUUGGAUGGUACGCAUGUUGAUGCGUCCGUUCCCCCGUUAGAGUUACCACAUUUUCGUGGUCGGAAAGGACCAAAGCAAAAUGUGCUAGCGGUAGUCAACCCAGACCUCAAGUUCACCUAUGUACUUGCUGGUUGGAAAGGAUCUGCAAAUGAUUUCACCGUAUUAAGAGACGCAAUAUCACGGCCACAACCUGAGGGCCUCAAGAUAAUAGAAGGUUGCCAAUCUUGUCUUUACCUUUUAGAUCCUCAACCUUUUGCAAUUGAAUUAUGA